UUACCAUGCCGUUACUAAAGAGUAAAUGGCUUUUUUUGGUCGCAUUGUUCAAUGACGUCGUCUCCCGCCAUUUACAUCUAUUUACUUAUAACAGCUAAAUUAUCCAUAAUACAACUUAAUUUUUACCACAAAUACCAAUACAGAGAACUAAUGUUCCAAUAUACAAAUAAUUGACAUAUUCUUCUGCUAUAUAGUUUUUUGUUGUCGAAGCGUCCCUAGCAAGAGGCGCCCCGAUGCGGCGGGAUCGUUUACUUCUACAUAAAAUUCUACAAUCUUGAUUGUAGAAUUCUGUUACUGUUACUGUCCAUGGCCCUCUGGUGGCAAAAUUAAAGUAGACACAGCUUCUAUUUUCUAUAAAAGUAACACACACUGUACGUAAAUAAUGGCGGAUAACGAAAAAGAUAUUAUUUUUCACAUGAAUGGCCUGAACUGUUUAUUGAAAAAGAAUUUGGAACUGGUUUCAAAAUGGAGAGUCGAAUGCGCUAGAUUACAAUUGGAAUUCCUGAAAUUAUAUACUCCGGAAGUCCUCGAAAUUUUCCAAGACUUGAACCAACUGGUGGAUACAAAUACCGAUUCGAACGAUAAACCAAAAUAAAUCGAUGCAACGAUCACGGCGCCGAAUUUCGAACGAUUCAAUUUAAUCGGAUGAUCCUUUUCGUAUUUAUUGUACAUUUUUAUUUUAGUGGAAAUUGUAACUUGGCGCGUAAUCAUCGAUAAAUGAAGCAAAAUACACUUAUGUUGAAAUAUAUUUAUAUUAUAUUCGAAUAUAGGUCUGACACAUAGAUUGUAUCCACAGUUUCGUAACAUAAGGAUAGACAAUAAUAGAUAUACACUUUCUUAUCCGACCAAAUGGAAAUAUAUAAUACAGUUAGUAUCGUCACAUCUCUUUUGCAAUUUAAUACACGUCCGUCCGCGAUACAAAAACGAAAAUAAAUGUCCUUAUCGCGUUAAAUAAUACAGCACCGUUCGUAAGUAUGUUUAUGUAACGAUAAUUGAAACGAAUAUAUCGUAAAAAUGUAAUUCUUUGUUCUGCAAGCACGAGGAUGUUGCUGGAAAUCACCUUUAAUCAUUUAUGUUAUCGCGUCCAUAUUCGUUAACUAUCGAUACAU